AUGCAGAGGCUCCCGGAGCUGGGCAACCUGACCCGAGUACAGGAGUUUGUCUUGCUGGGUUUGUCCACGAGGCCAGACGUAAGGGACGUCCUGUUUGCCGUCUUCCUGGCCCUCUACCUGGCCACCCUCCUGGAGAACACGCUGAUCGUCUACCUCAUCUGCGCUCACAGCGAGCUCCACAAGCCCAUGUACUUCUUCCUGGGCCACCUGAGCUGCCUGGAGAUGUGCUACGUGUCCGUGACCACGCCCAGCCUGCUGGCGGGGCUGCGGGGCGGGCCCUGCCACGUGCCCUUCGCGGCCUGCAUGACCCAACUCUUCUUCUUCAUCACCCUCAUCUGCACCGAGUGCACCCUCCUGGCCUCCAUGGCCUACGACCGCUACGCGGCCAUCUGCCACCCGCUCCGCUACCCGCUGCUCAUGAGGCCCCAGGUGUGCCUGGGCCUGGCCGUGGCCUCCUGGCUGGGCGGGCUGCUGGUCUCGGUGGUCAAGACCUCGUGCAUCGCCAGCCUGUCCUACUGCGGCCCCAACGUCCUCAACCACUUCUUCUGUGACGUCUCCCCUCUGCUCAACCUGUCCUGCACCCACGUGGCCCUGACCGAGCUGGUGGACUUCAUCUCCGCCAUUGUCAUCCUCUGGGGUUCCUCCUGGUGGCCCGGCGCCUCCUAUGUGGCCAUUGGGGCGGUGUUCCGCAUGCCGUCCGCCACCGCCCGCCGCAAAGCCUUCUCCACCUGCGCUUCCCACCUGGCGGUGGUGGGGAUCUUCUACUCGGCCACUCUCUUCAUCUAUGCCCGUCCCAGCCGCAUCGAAGCCAUGGAUCUCAACAAGGUGUUGUCUGUCAUCUACACGGUGGUGACGCCCAUGUGCAACCCUGUCAUCUACUGCCUGCGGAACAAGGAGGUCCAGGCUGCUUUCCGUAGAACCGUGGGCUGGCCCCGAGGCUGA